UACAAGCGUCAUCCUCCCCCCUUAAGACGACCCACGAGAGGUCUGAACGUGUCUAUAUCUCUCCUCAUCUUAGCUGUCAUCGUCCUCCUCACUCAACGCAAGAACAAUGGGGCUCACUUCUCCGUCGGUGGACGUAACCUUCCGCAAGAUUAUAUCAUAUGUACCAGAGGCAAAAAUGUCUACACCGUUCCCGAGGUAGGAGGAGUAGGAGCUACGGAAUGUCUGGUGAUCCGAGACAAAGAGGUCAUAGAUACUGGUGGCAUUGCAAGGAUUCGUCGAAAAUAUGAAAAUGACGCUCGCGAAGAUCAGACAAUUCUUAGUAAAAGCUUGCCGAUAUACCAUCUCCCUAUGGGCUACACCAUCACGCCGGGCUUGACAGAUGCUCAUUGUCAUCCACUGAUGUAUGGAUACUAUGAGCAACUACCUUUGAGAGGAUCUAAGACCAUUCAAGAAGUCGUCAACAGAGUGGAGGAGUUCGUCAAGACCUCCGGUAUCCCCGACAGUGGGUGGGUGGAGGGUAUGGGUUGGGAUCAGAACUUAUGGCCGGGAGGAGCUUUCCCUACAGCUGCUGAUCUAAAUGUAUCACCUCUACUGAGAAAUAUCCCAGUCUCCCUGGCUCGUAUAGACGUACAUGCUGAAUGGGUCUCACAAUCCGUACUGGAUCUAAUGGGGCCUUUACCUGAUCAUGUUGAAGGAGGCCAGAUCGUCAGAGAUGCUCAAGGCAAUCCUACCGGAGUCUUUCUGGACAACGCUAUCGACCUCGUCAAUGCUGUGAAGCCCAAGUGGAGCGACACCCAGAGGACUACGUAUCUUCACCGAGUUACGAGGGAUGCUUUGAGUAAAGGUCUGACAUGUCUACAUGACGCCCAAGCGUUCAAAGAUGACGCCGAAUUUUACAAGAAGAUGGGUGAACAAGGCAGACUCGGUUUGAGAUUCAACCUCAUGGUGACUUGCGGAGAGGCGGCUUCAUGUGGGGUGGACGAUUUUGACAUGGUUGACAACGCCGCUGGUAUCUAUUUGCUGACGGGGCUCUGGGUUCAGGUGAACGUACAUGCCAUUGGAGAUCGAGCCAAUAAAGUUGUCAUCGACGCUAUGGAGUAUGCCAUCGACUUGAACACAUCAUCAGGCAAGGAAAGACGAUUAAGGAUUGAACAUGCUCAGAUCAUGCGACCGGAAGAUCUUAAAAGAGCCGUUGGUUUAGGUAUCAUUGGGAGUUACCAACCUACUCACGCUACCAGCGAUAUGUGGUAUGCUGAGAAGCGUCUGGGAAAGGAACGUCUCAAAGGUGCAUAUGCAUGGAAGACGUACUUGAACCUCGGUGGUCGGAUAGCUUUGGGAUCCGACUUCCCGGUAGAAUCUAUCGAUCCUCUGAAGGGAUUUUACGCAGCUGUUACGAGAUUAUCAGAGGAGGGUAAUUCACCUCAUGGAAAAGGUGGAUGGUAUCCCGAGGAAAGACUGAGCAGGGAGGAAGCGUUGAGAGGUAUGACGAUAGAUGCCGCAUACGCAUCAUUCUCCAACUUGACAGGCUCGUUGACUCCUGGCAAGAGAUUCGACGCGGUGAUAUGGGACGAUGAUCUGAUGUCUGUUGAUGUGGAUGAAAUGUUGAGAGUGAGAGUGAAAGCGACGAUCAUCGAUGGAGAAGUAGUGUUCGGUCAAUUG